GAUAAGGAUGGGGAAGAGGAUGUUGAGGGGGACGCCGAAUAGCUGUACAAAUGUUGCCUCAUUACUGGUGAGCUUCGGAUGUAGACCUAAGUAUUAUGUUUAGAUGUAGACCUAUUUUGCAAGGUCCAUUUAGUUGGGAGUUUGUUUGCUCCAUUUGACCGUAGCUUAAUGGCUAUGCCCAUUUCCGAUGUUGCUGAUGAAUUUGGUAGUUGCGUAAUAUGACAGGCCUAGUCUAGGUCCAGGCAAUUUGGUUUAAUUUUGGUUGUCUCCUGUUCGUUCUGUGAUUGCUGUCCUUUCACAGGACCAGAUAUUUAUUGUUACGUUGACACUGCAAAUAAAGCGCUAUACGCGAUAAACUUUUUUUUUGGCCGAGUGAAAUUUUUGACUUGCUUGAUUGGAAAAUAUCUGCAAUUAAGGAUGUAUCUUAAGACUGACAUGCACUAUGGUUUAUUACUGAAUCAUUUCUAAAUGGUUAGUGAGAAAGUUGAUUAGCUAUAGGUCUACCGGUUUCAUUCUACCGGUAGCCUAUCGGUAAAUGGUUGCAGGAAGUGCUGAACGCAUAUGCAAUGAAUGAUAUUGUCAUCAACACCAGAUGUCAUCACUCCGCCCACUCGUUCUCAAUCCCCUGAAUUCUAAUCACCAUCACCUGUUCUCACCACCUGCACGUCAUCAUCCCGCAUCACCAGAUCCCUUCAUAAACCACACACCUUCACUCUGCCAGUUGUCUGGUCUCGUCGUAGUAACGCCGAUAAAUACCCACCGGACUCCGAACGGACUACUCGCCGGCAACUCGAUCACUGAGCUUCCUGUUUUGAAAUAAAACCUCUGGUACAUCACCUGUUCGUCUCCUUCUGCUUUGUGACAGAUAUUAGCCUACUGCAAUUUUGCCCAUUAUUUUAUUUAAAUAAUACAAUUCUAUAACAGAAGAUACCGGUAAAUAAGAAAUAAAGGUCUGCCCCUAAUACAAGCCUGCCCCAAAUUCAGGCCGGUGCGCUGUGCAGCCUAUGUAAAUAAAAGCCCUGGCCACUAUUUGAGGAUUUACGGUACAGGAGAGGGGCUAAUGCCGCUAUACGAGAAGCUCGUCUUGGAGAAUGUGUUGUCUCUGUCUCUUUCUGUUGAGCUGUCUCUGGUUGAGUCCUUCUCUUUGUGUGAGGCCUCGGGAGCCCAUAGCCCGGCUACCACUAAGUCCAUGACUAUAGGUGAUGGGCAGCAGGCUGAGCUGUGGGUGUGCUUUGACCCAACUUACUGUCAGGAUCGGGUGUCACGAGUCGUGAAAGAGGUCCUCGAGAUACACUACCAGGGACACCCAAAGCGACACAAGGUGGAGCUGUACGCUGAGGUCCACUUCCCCAACCUUCACUUCUCCGACACCACGGUGGACUUUGGCUGCGUGCUCAACCUUAUGGGGGCUCGCAGGGCGAUCGCCAUCACCAACUGCUCUCUGCUGCCCGUGUCCUACCACUGGGUCUUCCUGGGUGACUGGGAACAAAGGGCCAUCAGUUUCCUCAGAGCCACGGAGGGACAUUUGGCCGGGUCGAGCCCAGUGAGGGGGAAGUGCCACCCGAGAGCCAGCUGGAGCUGAAUGGAUCUAAUUGGAUCACGGAGUGUAUCUGACAGGUCACAACGUUUGUUGUAAUGCUCCACUCCCUUCUUGGCCGUCAAUCAAACGCAGGACCAGGUUUAAAGGCUGAAGGUCAAUUGUUAACAUAUACUUUUUGUUAAAAAUCCUUCUUAUCAACAUAAACAUGUAACUUUAAAACGACAUGCUGCAUGAAAAAAAUGUAACUAAUUGAUGGUUGUAUAUUCUACUGCAGCUACAACAGGACAACAGUUGUCUUAGAAAUGUCACAAAUAAAACAUUUAAAAAACGAUUGGGAUUUUGUUGCUUCCCACUUUCCAGCGCCUCCCCAUGGCAUGAAUCAC